AUGUCUUCCUUAUUAGCCGACAUGCCCAGACAGUUUCCAAAGUUGAACAUCUCUGAGGUUGAUGAGCACGUGCGACUUCUGGCAGAGAAGGUAUUUGCUAAAGUUCUUCGGGAAGAAGACAGCAAAGAUGCCUUGUCACUAUUCACUGUGCCUGAAGACUGCCCUAUUGGACAGAAAGAGGCCAAGGAACGGGAACUGCAGAAGGAACUGGCAGAACAACAAUCUGUGGAAACAGCUAAAAGGAAGAAAAGUUUCAAGAUGAUUCGAUCCCAGUCUUUGUCAUUACAAAUUCCAUCUCAGGAAUGGAAAGCACCGUUGCCCAAUCCUGUUCGGUCUCCUGCAGCACCAGUUCCUCCAAGUGCUUUUCUGCCAGUCCCAGUGCCGUAUGAUGUACCAGAGUUUCAGAGAGUUUCAAUUAGUGGAGACUACUGUGCAGGGGUUACAGUUGAUGAUUAUGAGCAAGCUGCCAAGAGCCUGGUGAAAGCUCUUCUCAUUCGAGAGAAGUACUCCCGUCUCGCCUACCAUCGCUUCCCAAGAACAACCUCUCGGUAUCUGUGCAGCAUGCGAGAUGAGAAAUGGAAGGCUGAAGAUGAAGUGUAUCCAGAUUUCCAUUCACCCCCAGAAGAAAAUGAAGAUCCUUACAAUCUUGAAGAUGCUCCAGACAAUUUGGAUUAUGUUAUCAAGAUAAAAGGUGGCAUUCCUUUUGUUUAUGAUAACAAAGAAAUGAUGGAACUCAAUGAGCCUCGGAGUCUGCCAUAUCCUGACCUGGAGACCUAUACCCUUGACCUGAGUCAUGUUCUUGCUCUAAUUGCAGAUGGUCCAACAAAAACAUAUUGUCAUCGGAGGCUUAACUUUUUAGAAUCGAAAUUUAGUUUGCAUGAGAUGUUAAAUGAAAUGUCAGAAUUUAAAGAACUAAAGAGUAAUCCCCAUCGAGACUUCUAUAAUGUGAGAAAGGUUGAUACUCAUAUCCAUGCUGCUGCCUGCAUGAACCAGAAACACUUGUUGAGGUUUAUUAAGCACACUUAUCAAACUGAGCCCAACAGGAUUGUUGCAGAGAAAAAAGGCAAGAAGAUGACUUUAAAGCAAAUCUUCGAAAGCCUUCACAUGGACCCUUAUGACCUCACUGUAGACUCUUUAGAUGUUCAUGCAGGUCGCCAAACAUUUCAUCGAUUUGACAAAUUCAAUUCCAAGUACAAUCCAGUUGGUGCCAGUGAGCUGAGAGACUUGUAUUUGAAAACUGAGAACUAUAUUGGUGGUGAAUAUUUUGCUCGUAUGGUUAAGGAAGUAGCCCGUGAACUAGAAGAAAGUAAGUACCAGUACACAGAACCCCGCUUAUCCAUUUAUGGACGGUCUCCAGAUGAAUGGCUGAACUUGGCAAAAUGGUUCAUUAAACAUAAAGUUUAUUCCCCUAAUAUGCGCUGGAUAAUUCAGGUUCCGAGAAUCUAUGACAUAUUUAGGUCUAAAAAUAUUCUGCCUAGUUUUGGGAAGAUGUUGGAGAACAUCUUUGUACCUUUGUUUGAAGCAACAAUCAGUCCCAAAGACCACAAAGAAUUACACCUCUUCCUCAAAUAUGUGACUGGCUUUGACAGUGUUGAUGAUGAAUCCAAACACAGUGGCCAUAUGUUCUCUGACAAGAGCCUUAACCCUGACCUCUGGACCAGUGAGAAGAAUCCCCCCUAUAGUUACUACUUAUAUUAUAUGUAUGUGAACAUCAUGUUGCUAAACAACCUUAGGAGGGAAAGAGGCAUGUGUACUUUUCUGUUUCGGCCUCACUGUGGAGAAGCUGGGUCUAUCACACACCUUGUAUCAGCCUUUCUGACAGCAGACAACAUUUCUCAUGGAUUGCUCUUGAAGAAGAGUCCUGUCCUCCAGUACCUUUAUUAUCUUGCACAAAUACCCAUUGCUAUGUCUCCACUUAGUAACAACAGUCUAUUCCUGGAGUACUCAAAAAAUCCACUACGGGAAUUUCUACACAAGGGACUCCAUGUCUCUCUCUCCACAGAUGAUCCUAUGCAGUUUCAUUACACAAAGGAAGCUCUCAUGGAAGAAUAUGCUAUUGCAGCCCAGGUGUGGAAACUAAGUACCUGUGACUUGUGUGAAAUAGCAAGAAACAGUGUGUUACAGAGUGGACUGUCAGAUAAGGAGAAGCAGAAAUUCUUAGGGGUGAAUUUUCAUAAAGAAGGGCCUGAAGGAAAUGACAUUCGAAAGACAAAUGUUGCACAGAUCCGGAUGGCCUUCAGGUACGAGACACUGUGCAAUGAGCUUAGUUUCCUGUCUGAUGCUAUGAGAACAGAAGAGAUUUCUACACUGUCGAAGUAG